AUGGCGCAGGACGAGAAGAAGCCAACAGCCGCAGAGAAGGGCAAGGGCAAGGCAGAGGAUGUACCGAUGUCAAAUGGAGACAAACCCACUCCCGAGGGGAAAGAAGGCGAUAAAAGGGCCAAUGGAAAGGCUGAGGAGCCGGCGGUGGAAGAACUGAGCGAAGAGGAUCAACAACUCAAGAGCGAACUGGAGAUGCUUGUGGAAAGAUUAAAAGAAGAUGAUACCAACUUAUACAAGCCCGCAAUGGACGCCAUAAAGAACUUCAUCAAAACUUCUACCUCUUCGAUGACCGCGGUACCUAAACCUUUAAAGUUCCUCCGACCGCACUUCGACGACCUUGCCGCUCUCUACGACAAAUGGCCUACAGGUUCCGACAGGGAUUCGCUUGCCGACAUGCUCUCGGUGUUGGGCAUGACAUAUGGGGAUGAAGAUAAGUUGGAGACUCUGAAAUUCAGAUUACUAUCAAAAUCAGAUGAUUUGGGUUCCUGGGGUCACGAAUACAUCAGACAUCUUGCUCUGGAGAUCGGCCAAGAAUACCAGAACCGUCUGACGGAUGAAAGAGAAGUUGGAGACCUCACAGAACUGGCUCUGUCUUUGGUCCCAUACUUUUUGAGCCACAAUGCAGAAGCCGACGCUGUCGAUCUUCUGAGCGAACUUGAGAUGAUCGAAGAAAUUCCACGGUUCUUGGACGAAAAUACUUUCGCCCGGGUUUGUUUGUAUAUGGUCAGCAUGGUUAACCUUCUCCCCUACCCCGACGAUGUUGCUUUCCUGAAAACAGCACAUGACAUCUACGUCAAAUACAACAAGCUGGCUCAGGCCAUGGUGGUGGCAAUCAGACUGAAUGAUCACGAGCUCAUACGACAAGAUCUCGAAUCGACAGAUGACAUGGCCUUGAAGAAACAAUUGGCCUUCCUCAUUGCUCGACAAAGAAUAUCACUAGAUGUGCCAUCCGAAAGCAAAGAUGAGCAGGAGAUCGCCGAAUGCCUGGGCAACACUCAACUCCCCAACCAUUUCAAAACCCUGGCCAAAGAAUUGAACAUCCUGGAUCCCAAAGUUCCGGAGGAUAUCUAUAAGACACACCUGGAAAGUGGCCGGGGCAGUUCCGCUGCGGCAGACUCAGCGAAGCAUAAUCUGGCCAGCGCAUUCGUCAACGCCUUUGUCAAUGCAGGCUUUGGCAGUGAUAAAUUGAUGCUGGUGGAAGGCGAGCAACGACCAUGGGUUUGGAAAACCAAAGACGAUGGCAUGCUCUCCACGACGGCAUCACUGGGGAUGCUCAUGCAAUGGGACGUGGAAGGCAGUCUGGACGUCAUUGACCGAUUCCAACAAUUAUCCGAAGACUCUAUCAAGGCCGGGGCACUACUAGCCUACGGUGUUGUCAAUUCAGGCGUGAAGACGGAAGGUGACCCUGUCCUUUCACUGCUUAGUGAUGACGAUGUUCUCCAAAGCGGGAAACCCUCGAUGAGAAUGGCAGCCAUCAUGGGCUUGGGACUGUCGUAUGCGGGGUCGAACAGAGAGGAUUUGCUGGAUUAUUUACUACCUAUCGUUGAAGAUAGUACUCUGGAAAUGCAGCUCUCCGCUAUGGCUGCCGUGUCUCUCGGCCUUGUCUUUGUCGGCUCUUCGAAUCACCAGGUUGCCGAAGCCAUUGCUGGUCAAAUGAUGGAUGAUGACCGCCAGAAGCAGUUGAAGGACAAGUGGGCGAGGUUUAUGGCUCUAGGUCUGGCCCUCCUGUACUUCGGCAGGCAAGAGGAGGUCGAUGUCAUACUGGAUAUAUUGAAGGCAAUUGACCAUCCCAUGGCUAUGCCCACGGCAACCCUUGCUUCCGUUUGUGCCUGGGCUGGUACUGGGGCCGUGCUCAAGUUACAGGAGCUCCUCCAUAUCUGCAAUGAUCAUAUUGAGGACAAGGAGGAAACAGUAGGCGAGCAGUUGGUCCAAUCCUACGCUGUUCUCGGCCUGUCUCUGAUUGCCAUGGGUGAAGACGUUGGUCAAGAUAUGGUGCUACGUCAAUUUGGCCAUCUCAUGCAUUAUGGAGAGGCAAACAUUCGAAAAGCGGUGCCCCUGGCAAUGGGACUGAUCAGCCCUAGCAACCCUCAGAUGAAGAUUUACGACACGUUGUCACGGUACAGUCACGACAACGAUAAUGAUGUCGCCAUCAAUGCGAUUUUCGCAAUGGGUUUGGUAGGAGCCGGUACGAACAACGCUCGUCUCGCACAAUUGUUGAGACAGCUUGCUAGCUACUAUCAUCGGGAUCAAAACUCCUUGUUCAUGGUGCGAAUUGCUCAAGGUCUUGUUCACAUGGGCAAGGGUACCAUGUCACUCAAUCCGUUCCACGCCGAUCGACAAGUUUUGUCAAGAGUUGCCGCAGCAGGCCUCCUUACGGUGCUUGUCUCUCUGAUCGACUCGAAGCAAUUCAUCCUUGCGGAGGCACAUUACCUGCUGUAUUUUUUGGUCACGACAAUGUAUCCCAGAUUCCUAGUCACUCUGGAUGAAGACUUGAAACCUCUCACCGUCAAUGUCAGGGUCGGUCAAGCUGUUGAUGUUGUCGGAGCUGCUGGCCGACCACGAACUAUCACCGGCUGGCAGACUCAAAGUACACCGGUGCUGUUGGCAUAUGGUGAGCGAGCUGAAUUGGAAGAUGAAGAAUACAUCUGUUUGAGCAGCAAUUUGGAGGGCUUGGUCAUUCUACGCAAGGUCAGUGGCAUCUCGAAUUUAUUUUCAACGAUGUUUUGCUAA